AUGGCCAUCACAAAAUGUGAGGCUCCCAAGGUCAAGCGUGGCAGCGAGAUGGUUCCGACAGCCACGCGCUCUAGCAUCCUCACCAUCAACAGCCAAGACAAGGCCAUCACCGGUGUCGUUAUCGAUCCACAAUCUAAGGCCGUCACGCCUAGUAACGAGCCGAUGAUUCCUAUCGAAACUAUGUUUAGAAGAUCCCGACUGGGCACAGGGUGA